AAAACGAUUGUUUUUAUAUCUGUCUGCCUAAAACCGCAAAUCGACCUAGCGCAGACAAUUAAAUGUCGACCAAUUCUACCGUUCUGAAAAUGUGAUGGAUUAUAACGGUUUGCUCCCGGAAGAGCAGGUUCAAAUGCAUAAUCGAGGUAGAUAAGAGUCGCGGAUAAACAAGGGGUAGGGGUAGUACGCGAGCGGAGAGCACUUGCAGAAGACAAAGGUAAAUGUGCUGCGAACUAUGUGAUGAAUUAACAGUCCAGAAGAGCAGCUGGGAGUGUGGAGGCACAGUUUGGGUCAAAAUAACUAGAGAGAUUGGCUUUUAAAAUACGACCAGAGCGACAUGCUUUCUCUGUUUCUCUCAGUGGAAUCCACAAAUGAACUAUCGGCGGUCGGAAAGCAUAAAAACCCUAAUAUGACGAUGCCCUGAAAUGGUAAUGACAGUCAGUCGUUAGGAUAAGCUAAACCUUAAUGCUAGAGAUAUAUAUGCUAUUCGUUGAUAGAAGCAGACAACUUAACACAAAGGAGAGAUUCGUUUCAAAGCACAUUAUCAGGAAACGGUGAUGGUUUGACAGGCUACAUCUGAGAUGUUUGAAGGGACAUGCAUUUGAUUCUUUGCGCUUCAAGUCAGACAUCGAACUCAAGCCACGAACGCUGGCACUGAACUCUACAACGAAACGCACAAACCACUGUAGAGAUUGAGUGGCUUUUCCCACAUUUUUCUCAUGCUAAGUGUGUAUACUUGAAGACUUCACAUGUUGAUGGAAGAGACUGACAUAGAUCUAACGACGCUAUAGUUUCAACGAAAGCACUCAACGAAUUGGCUGUCCAUUCACUUCAGCACUUCAGCAUAGAGCGUUCUACUCGGCUUCCUUCAGAACCUCAGCACAGAGCGUUCUACUAGGCUUCCUUCAACACCUCAGCACAGAGCGUUCUACUAGGCUUCCUUCAACACCUCAGCACAGAGCGUUCUACUAGGCUUCCUUCAACACCUCAGCACAGAGCGUUCUACUAGGCUUCCUUCAGCACCUCAGCACAGACCAUUCUACUAGGCUUCCUUCAGCACAGAGCGUUCUACUAGGCUUCCUUCAGCACCUCAGCACAGACCAUUCUACUAGGCUUUCUUCAGCACAGAGCGUUCUACUAGGCUUCCCUCAGCACAGAGCAUUCUACUAGGCUUCCCUCAGCACAGAGCAUUCUACUAGGCUUCCUUCAGCACAGAGCGUUCUACUAGGCUUCCUUCAGGACUACGGACAGCUACCAAAAUGACACGGCUGCGCAAGAAAGCUUUCAUUGCACUUUUCUUAUUCACCCUCUUCAUCUUCGGGACCAUGAUGGGCCUCAGGACACUGAAACCCAGCGAUGGCUUCUCAGACCUGGCCCCGGGAAUGGGAGAGUUUGUGGGGGAAAGAGGAGGCGACCGGCGACGGCCAGUUUCGAACGACAUGGUAGUUUCCCCUGGUCAGCCCCAUCUAGCCAGCGACACCAAAGUCGUCUUCACAAAAUCCGACCGUGACUACAGUAUAUUCUACGAUGUACAAAUCUUCUAUUACCUAUGGUACGGCAACCCACAGAUGGACGGUAAAUAUAUUCACUGGGACCAUGUUCUAGUACCGCACUGGGACCCUAAGAUCGCCGCCAGCCACGCCAAAGGAAGACACACUCCUCCGGAGGACAUAGCGUCGAGUUUCUACCCGGAGCUAGGACCAUACAGUUCCAGAGACCCCACCGUGCUGGAGUCACACAUGUCGCAGAUUGAAGCGGCUGCAGCAGGGGUACUGGUUCUGUCUUGGUACCCGCCUGGCAUUGCAGACAACCAUGGUGAGCCAUGUGAAGACCUGGUGCCUGCUGUCAUGGACGCUGCCCACAGACACAGCAUCAAGGUGGCGUUCCACAUCCAGCCGUACAAGGGACGGACUGACCUCAGCAUGUACGAUAACAUCAAAUACAUCAUUGACAAGUAUGGGAACCAUGGCGCCUUCUACCGCUUCAGGUCGACCACGGGGCGGAUCCUUCCUCUGUUCUAUGUCUACGACUCCUACCUGACCCCGCCUGAGGCCUGGGCCGACCUGCUCCACCCCGCCGGCGCCCACACCCUCCGCGGCACGCCCUACGACGGCGUCUUCCUCGCCCUGGUCGUAGAGGAACGCCACAAACACGACAUCCUGGCCGGUGGCUUCGACGGCAUGUAUACGUACUUCGCCUCCAACGGCUUCUCCUUUGGCUCCUCUCACCAGAACUGGAAGGCGGUCAAGGACUUCUGUGACGGUAAUAACCUGCUGUUUGUGCCCAGCGCCGGGCCGGGAUACGUCGACACGGCAGUGAGGCCAUGGAACAACCACAACACGAGGAACAGGGUCAACGGACGCUAUUAUGAGACCAGCCUACAGGCUGCGCUGUCGGUGCGGCCGGAGAUCGUGACCAUCACGUCGUUCAACGAGUGGCACGAGGGGACACAGAUUGAGAAGGCGGUGCCCAGGAAGACGGUGACGCGGCUGUAUCUGGACUACCAGCCCCACCGGUCAGACCUAUACCUGGAACUCACCAGGAAGUGGGCCGAAAACUUCAACAAGGAGAAAGAGAAGUGGCUCAUGUAGAGGACAGGGUCGAUGGGAAUAAUACCUUUUGGAUGUGACUGGAGCGAGUAAAACUGAGGAGCUUUUCACAUUUCUGAGCUGAGCCGAACCAAGCCAAGCUGUACUGAGCUGUCCUGGUUAGUGGUUACUAUCAACCAUAGUCGCUGGAACCUGCUGAAACAUUUUUAAAAAUUGAAAGAAAAUAGCACAGCCAACACAGUUUGGUUCAGCAUGGUAGUGAGAAAAGGGUUUGGAGUGGCCUCAUUGCUGGGUAUUUUGGGUCCUUGUGAAUAUAAACCAUAUUUAUUUUGACAGUGAAGCAAAAAAAUUGUCAAUUUGGCCCCAUACUCCAGCAUUUUGGAUUUGAGAUUUGUUUUUAAUAUGAGGCGACAGUACAGCAUGUCACCUUUUAUUUGAGUGUAUUGGGGCGGCAGGGUGGUUAGAGCGUUGGACUAGUAACCGGAAGGUUGUGAGUUCAAACCCCCGAGCUGACAAGGUACAAAUCUGUCGUUCUGCCCCUGAACAGGCAGUUAACCCACUGUUCCUAGGCCGUCAUUGAAAAUAAGAAUGUGUUCUUAACUGACUUGCCUGGUUAAAUAAAGGUUAAAAAAAAUGAAAAUAAAUAUCUGUUUUACCAUUUAGAAAUGAAAACCUUAAUGUAUCUAGUCCCCUCCCCAUUCAAAUGUUUUUUUUCCCUCUCAUAGGUAUUUGGACAAUUGAACUUAUAGCAUAUUAAACUUUUCAAAAGUUUAGUAUUUGGUCCCAUAUUCAAAGCACGCAAUGACUACGUCAAGCUUGUGACUCUAUAAACUUGUUGGAUGCAUUUGCAGUUUGUUUUGGUUGUGUUACAGAUUAUGAAUGGUGAAUAAUGUACUGGAGUCACUUUUAUUGUAAAUAAGAAUAGAUGUUUCUGAACACUUCUACAUUAAUGUGGAUGCUGCCAUGAUUAUGGAUAGUAAUGAAUAUAUCCUGAAUAAUGACGAGUGAGAAAGUUACAGAGGAACAAAGAUCAUACCCACCCCAAAAAUGCUAACCUCCCCUGUUAUUGGUAAUGGUGAGAGCUUAGCAUAAAUAUAUUUUUUGGGGGUAUACACUUUUGACUACUUUAAUACACUAUAAGUGAAUUUGUCCAAAUACUUAUAAGAAUAUUUUUUUUACUCAAAUGGGGGGACUACAUACAGAAGUGUUUUAUUUCUGAACUGUAAAACAGAUACGUAUGAAAAUGCCCUCAAAUAAAAGGUGACAUUCCGUAGUCGCCUCACAUGAAACAUUUGAUCUCAAUUCCAAAAUGCUGGAGUAUAGAGCCAAAUGUACACAUUUUAUCUUCACUGUUCAAAUAAAUACAAGUAGCAUAUGCUUUUCAGUGGAGCAAGUGGGACUGAGACUGCUCACACCAUUGAUUUAGCAACAAUUUCACCUGGCCUAUCAGAGGGCAAGAUGAAGGUUGCUUACACCAAUCCAAUCCUCUCAGAUCUGCAGAAGCAUCUAGGGGGAGGGGGCUAGGGGUUGGUUUGGGAUUCAGGGGUACACUCAUGAUUGAACCGGUCUCUGUUUUCGUCAACUCUUUUGUUCUUCUCUCAAAUUAACUUUUCCAUUUAUGUGAAUUUCAUCCCGAUGCCUGUUUUUAUUUUACAUCUGAAUACACAACACAAAUACUUUUGUACAAAGUUUCAUUGGUUGGUUUGAGUCAACUUAUGUUAGUGCCAAGAAAUAGCCUGUUUUGAGUGACUUAAGUCUAUUCCUUUCAGAUGAGUUCUGUUGUGAUGAUCGCCACAGUAAUGAUAUAGCCACUGAGGUUUAUGUAGUGUGGGUGAGCUUGGAGACAUUCUGACAUUGAGGACUUAUUCUUUCCUGUAAUACUUUUAAAUGGUGAAAAAUAAAUGUAUUGUCUGGUUA